UAAUGUAACAUUAUCGCAUUUCAGUUUGGCCAAGUAACGGUUCUUUUCUUCGACUGGUAACCCCAAAUAAUACGGGCUAGACAUAGUUUUAACUAGCUAGCUAACGUAAUUUACUUGUUAUUUACUUUGCUUGUUAUCAGAAAUAGUCUAGAGGGACUCUGUUGUUAUUGAUUGUUUGCGGAAGUCUGCCGGAAGUCAAGUUAGGGCCAGAACAACGCACAUGCGCAGUAACGUUUGUUUAUGUUGUUACCGUUGAAACCGUCUAUACAUGCAUUCGGUCGUCUUUGGGAGCAUUACUGUUGCUAGGGAUACAAAGCUAGCAACGUAAACCAUUAGCUGCUUUCGUCGACGCAAUCAUAUGUGAACUGUCCUAAAGUGCUUCACUAAUUCUGGUUGCCCACGACUUCAAUAUUUUAAAAAUCCGUGCGAAUAGCCUACAACGUUCUUUUGCGCCAGCUAUAGUUUUUCGGUAUACUGAUUUAGGCUGCAAGCAAUUUCUGAUGCUAAAGCCAAACAAUUCUGAGAAAUAGCCUACGUUCGGAAAUAAUGAUACCUCAUCAUCCGAAGCCCACGGUGUUAUUGUGGGCUGAUGUCAGUUACACUGAUAUGGAAGAAAUUGACAAUACGAAGUCUACACCAGAGCUGAAAAGGGUUCUAUGCAAGCUGCUUGGCAUUCAGAUGAACCAAUCAAUGACGAGAGUGCUGAGCAACAUGUAUCUCCAUGCACUACUAUUCUGCAGGCGAACAGGCUUAAACAGGGAGCAGACAUCUGUGCUACUGUCCAUCAUCAAGGCAAUUCAUGCUGCCAAUGUGGAGACUCUGCUCAACAACAUGGAUCAGUGCUUCACUUUCUGCAGUGAACUGUUGCUUUGUCACUCUUCCAUGCGUCCUCCAUUCAGCAUUGACCUUUUCAACUCUGAGCAGAUGACCCAGAUCUUGCAGUACCUGGUCAACAUCUACUUCAGACAUUUUUCACUCUAUAAAUAUAUUUUCACUACCCAGGUGCAGUUAAACCUGUCGUUGUCCUACUCUGAAAUUCCUGGUGCUAUAGAAUCAGGAUCUUCAGGUGCCACAUAAAGAACAUGAAAUGGACGGAUCUUUGCAGUAUGACAUCAAAUUGCAGCAGGAAUUCUGUUGAUGGCUCUUGCUGUAGGGCCGGUGAAAUAGAAUGGAAAAAACCUGCAAUACCAGGUGGACUCUGACCCUCAAUUUGGGAAAGAUGGGUCUUCAUUCUGACAGAUGUACUGGCUUCAUUGCUGGUUUUUGGUUGUAGUGCCCCCUUUCCCUGGACAGAGACAACUGAUGGUGUAGUACUGGAGCAAAGGCAGCUGCUCCUGAACUUGACUGCUACAAGACAUUCCUGUCACAUCUCAAUUAGGAAGCCAUUUGGACAGUUGCAGCAUCAUGUACAUACAUGCACGGCAAAGGCUAUAUUAAUGAUCACAGUCGCCACAUGGCCCAUCUUCUCACAACUUUCAAAACGACUACAAGCGAAAACUCCAAGCCUCCGCAUUACAAAGCUGUUUGUUUUUGUCUUAAGUGUCACAGACUAGUGUUUUGCUUUGACUUGUGUAGUUUUGCUUUCUUUGGGUCCUAUUAGGAAUGCACAAUGAUCUCAGGGUUGUGUUGAUAUCAGCUGUUACUAUGUUACAACAAAUGUCAGAAGUCACACAAUAAGAUUAUGGGAAAUAUAAUGGGUCAAUAUGAUGACAUUAUAUAUACACCAGGGAAGGGAUGGACUUGAUGCUCCAGUCGUGCUGUAAAUUAAGUGAAAAUGUAAUCCUGAAAAAGUAGCCUUGUCGUAGUCAUCUGAAUCUCUAUCUCUAUCAUUUUCUCGCUAAACUCACAAAGCUAUAUACUAAGUAUCUCUCUGGACUCUCUGCUGAAUAAUGCAGUAAGCAAGUUGAAACAUUUUGUUCUACAAAUAAAAGAUUUUCCUGGGCUGUCAAAUAUCAAGUAUUGAUGCAUACCCCAUACUUUCCAUAUCAUGCAUCCCAAGUCCUAUUUUAGAAAAAAAAAGAUUGUGGAUAUGAUAUUGACCCAUUCACCAACCAUUUUUGUUCCCACAUCCAUUAAUGGAUUACUUUCAGCUGAUGAUGACCGCUCUUACGCAAAAAAUGGAUAAAUACUGCAACAAAAAAUACAAAUAAAAAAUCGCUACUCA